AUGUGCCGUUUUCUAAUUUUUAAGGGAAAAGAACCCAUUCGUCUAUCUCACCUAUUAACCAGGCCGGCCCAUUCCAUUAUAAAUCAAUCCUUCGAUUCUCGUCUUCGUUUAGAUAGAAGGAGACCCAUCAAUGGAGAUGGGUUUGGAGUAGCAUAUUACCCCGUGGAACCUGAAUUAGAAGAAGAUGGACCUUGUAUCUUUAAGGCGAUUACACCAGCAUGGAACAACCAAAAUUUAAGCACAUUGGCUGACAAGACUCAGUCAGACUUGGUGUUCGCUCAUGUAAGGGCAUCCACUUAUGGUGUUCUAUCUGAAACUAAUUGCCAUCCGUUUACCUAUCAUAGUUUAUGUUUCAUGCAUAAUGGGGGUAUAUCGAAUUUUAAACAAAUUAAAAGGAAGCUAUUAAAUCAUAUUAAAGAUGAAUAUCUGAAUUAUCUACAAGGGAGUACAGAUUCAGAAUGUGCAUUUGCCUUGUUUUUAGAUACCCUUGAUAAAAAUGGGUUUGACCCAUCUCAGAAAGAGGGUGGAUUUGGACAUGUUGCUCUCAGGAAAGCUUUGUUACAAACUAUUGAAUACAUUAAGAAUUGGACAAAGGAGAUAAGUAAUAAUGAGACUGAACCAGAGCCUUCAUUAUUGAACUUUGCCGUCACAGACGGUGACACGGUGAUUGUAUCUCGAUAUAUUACAUCCAAGACUGAUGAAGCCGCAUCACUCCAUUUUAGUUGUGGUUCUAGCUUCGUAGAGACAUCUCCUGGAGAAUAUAGAAUGGAGAGAUUGGAUAGAAACCAGGAUGUUAUUAUGGUUGCUUCUGAACCACUAACCUUUGAAAGAGGUGAUUGGAUUGCGGUACCUACCAAUAGUAUAUUGACGAUAAAAAGACAAACUGUUUUGUUACAUCCUGUAGUCGACGAAUACUACCAAGAGGAUCCAUUGUACUUAAGAAGCUCUACUUUGGUGGAGAAUAAGGGUUUCAUGGGUUCUGUUCCAAAGGCAAAGAUUGUCGAGAAAGAUGUUCCUCCCUUGGAUAGAGAGGGUAGAGUCAGACCUUUGGCGGCAACUGCUCACCUGGUAUAA